AUGACUGUGGAGGUGGAGAAGUCCUACCUCAUCAGACGCAACGAGAGGAGCUUACACCUGAGGGACUUCAGUGACGCUGCCUGCAGCCUCAGAAGAUACUCCAACAGAACCCACCUGGUCGCAAUCAUAUCACUCAACACCUGUGGGACCACACUGGAGGAGGAAGGAGAUAACCUCAUCUUCAAGAACGAGAUCACAUCCGCCGACCCGAGCGCUACGAUCUCCAGGCAACACGACGUGGAGAUCGUCUUUUCCUGUGUCUUUCCGAAGCAAACCAACCUGACGCUGGGAUUCACCCACAAGAACCCAUAUGCCUUCACAGAGAGGGGCUUUGGUGCUUUCACCUUCCAGUUUGAAUUCUUCGAGAGCCAGCGCUUCAGACAACAAGUCAAUGCCAGCACUUACCCAGUGGAGGUGAACCUCAAACAGAUGAUGUUCAUGCAGAUUGAGGCGACCACCUCCAUCCCCAACACAGAGCUGUUUGUGGAGUCCUGCAGGGCGACUCCAUACGACAACCCAAACUCUCGCAUCAGCUUCACCAUCAUCCAAAAUGGGUGUGUAAAGGACAACACAGUGCAGAUUUACCCCGGCUCAAACCUUCAGUUCAGAUUUGGAAUGGAGGCUUUUGAAUUCAUUGGUGCUUAUGCCGAGGUGUACAUCACAUGUUCGGUCAUCCUGUGUGAGACUGGCGUUCCCAGCACCCGGUGCUCUCGGGGAUGCAUCAGAUCCGACUCAGGGAGCCAUCGCAGCAAAAGAGAAGCUGCAGGCCAGACUUCUAGACACUCCAUUUCCCAGGGACCUUUGCACCUGGUGAAAACGUCUGACAGCCAAGUGUCAGUCCCGAGCCUGAAUCUGAGCGUGAACCUUGCGCUCUUUGCUGCCUGCCUCCUGGCGUGUGGAGGCGUGGUCUACCACUCGAGGAGGUCCAGAGCUAAAUACCACCUGUUGCCGAGCGAUGAGACAGACUGA